CAAAUUGCCACCGACCCGCACUCGCCCGGACAACUGAGAGCGUAUCUGCCGCCUAUGAAUUUGGUCGAGUUCAUCAAUGCGUUUGGCAUCAAAGAGGGCCAUAACAUGUACAUCCCACCGGAAAAGAGAGGCAAUGUCUGGUAG